AUGACGAAUGUGCUUUCAACAAGGCAACAUAAUUUUGGCGAUUCCAGUUGCUUUUCGGUCAGCUUCGUCUCUGCAACUAGGAAGUGUUUUAAAUAUACAAGAUCCCAGACUCCUCCACAGAAGCAGGUUAGUUCCGCCUCCGGACGAAAUGUUGGCUGCUCUGCUGUAUUUGUGCAGACGCAGAUAGCGUUCGAUGGGGCAACAAAGCCCAAGUUCCAAUCAGAUCUGAUCGCACAUCUAGCCUCCCAGAUGAUUCAGGAGCUCUCCCAACCGCAAGAUGCAUUUGUUGGCUUCGUUGGGUCGCAACCAAAACAGGACCAGGAUAUUUGUUGCAAGUACACGCUUACGUGCAGACGGUCAGGCGAUCUGCAGUGUACUGGGCUGUCCUGGAAUGCAACCGGCGCUAUGCUAUGUGCUGCGUUUGGCCGAUCGGACCUCACUGGAUGGUGCAACAAGUCUGGAAUCCUCUGUUGUUGGUCGCUGUUUCGUCCGGAAUUUAAUCCCGAGUGCCCAACCUGCUCCGUAGAGCACUCUUCUUGCUUUACAACUAUUGCUUGCCAUCCGUCACAACCGUCGUUGAUGGCCGCUGGGUCUUUUGAUGGGGAAGUACUUAUCUAUGACCUAGCUGAUAGUUGUGACGUCCUCAAAGCAUGCUCAAACAUAAGCGACUAUUCGCAUCGAGAACCAGUAAGUUCUCUUCAAUGGAAUCGGAAUAGAGGUGCAUUCACUGCCAGUAUAGAUGCUUAUCAGCUUGUUUCACUCUCCAGUGAUGGUAAGAUCCUAUGGUGGUCAUUAGCGACAAUAAAACACGCAACGGCCGAGAUUAGCGGCCAUCUGCCAUACCCGGUAUAUCUGCCUAAGGCGCGAUGAAAAUUGAGUUAAGAGUUUCUUAGGUACGUGGCGUGACUUUGGCAUGCAACCCUGAGUUAACAUUGCUCACCAAUAUGGCAGCUUCAUCACCGAUAGUGGGGGGCACUUCUAUGGCACUAGCUGAAUCUUGCGUCAUGAUAGGCUCUGAAGGGGGGAAAAUUUUGCGCUGCCAUCCGCGUAAAAAGAAUAUAAAGAAACUCUUUGCUGGCAGCGAUAGUAAUAUACAUUGGGACAAAAGCGCGAUUGACUUUUUUGAUAAUUUGCCACCUUGCAUCACAUCAAAACUCAUCAAGCAUGUUGAGCUUUGGGCAAAUAGUGUAAGUAGGCAAGUGGUUUCAGCAAAAGACAUCUUUGUCUCUAAGCCCCCACUCCGGUAUGUGUUCCCAGCUCCAACUGGCGUGACUGAAUAUGAGGGGCAUGUUGGUUCAAUGUCCUAGAUUUUUAUCAACGCACCAUUCUUGUUCAUCUAGGUUGGUCCGAUCACAAUGAUUUCAAUGUCUCCAUUUCACCGCCGCGUAUUUUUGUCUGUUGGCGUCGAUGGCUACGCAAAACUGUGGUCGACGAUGCAGCGACGUGCUCUAAUGACCAUGCGAGAUACAAGCUGUAUUCACCUUGCUGAUGGGCUGUAUGCAUCAGGUUGGUCCAAGGCACGUCCUCUUGUCUUUGCGGUUGCGGGUGAUGGAGGUGUGGUGCGUAUUCACGACCUGGGCAACAGGCGGCCAAUGCUCCCAGCUGUCGAACUUAAAGCACCGAUGCCAGCAUCCGCCAAUGAUACGGACAGGCGAAUCCUUGCUCUUCAGUUCAAUCAUAAGCAGAGAAAUUUCUUAGCAACUGGCAAUGCAGCUGGUCACGUCCAUGUGUGGCGACUAUCAUGGGGACUUUCCAAUCAAAGUUCUCACGAGCAUGAAAAAUUACAAUCAUGCAUUGAGCAUAUGGAGGAAAAGGGCGCAUGACCAACAUUCACCUGCGUGCCCUGAUGCGUCCUGCUCAGCUCGUAUGGGCAACGCCUGGGAUGAUGAUGAUCCUAGAUGAUGAUGAUGAGGAGGAUAAUUCUAUAUUAAUUGUUAUAAGCUACCCUCGUCUCUUGAAAGCAAGCAGCUCGACAUAGGUCCACCGUUGCGGGUUGCAACUAUGUGAUAAGGGUGCGGUGGGGCGCAGGCGAGCCGCACAGUACUCCCCUUAGCUCUACUUCGUCUAAAAAGGUGCCGUCUCGUCCCUCGGGCGGCUGCCAUCGUACAGCACCUGAAGCGGGCCUGGGUCUCACGGCAGGUCAAAGUAAGUAAGCGAGCCGGAUUCCUCCGUAAGGACCACCAGGCCGGUGACUUUUUGAACAGUACAUUGGGCUUAAUAAUGAUUGAGAAAUCAUGUGCUUUUCUCUAGAACGGGUUUCUCACGGGUCAGCGUCGCCCGAGCAGCUUGCACCCAUGUCGUGGAGUAUGGUUGCAGACGGGGAUGCGCACUGUGAAAUACGCUGGGAAAUCGCUCACUCUCUUUUUGCGUCCGCCGACAACAUCAGCGAGCUCCGAAUCUCCGACAUUCAUAGCUGGCGUGACACGGUUUUUGAAGUUGUUGC